UUAAACAAACAUUCUUUCAUCUUCCACCAACAACCACAGCUAAAGUUUCAGAGAAAAAACUCAACAGCAGCAAUGAAAUCCGCAGCAAUUUCCAGCACAGACUUCAGAAGUUUCUCGAAUCUUCCAUCAAGCCAAACUCCAAGCUCAGCUCACCGGCGCGUAGCCGAGCGGCUCCUUUUACUGCCGAAGCCAGGCGCUUCACUCCCAAAAAAAGUAGGUAGCAUUAGUAAAGCCAGAAGUAAAACAUCUGUUUGCUACACAAUCUCCGCUAGUUAUGGAGAUAAGGAAUCAGAUUCAGUUGGUUCUAAUGAGUAUACUUCUCCAGCGAAAGCACUCCGGAAACUUCUAGAAUCGCCGGGAAUUCAUCAAGGCCCUGCUUGUUUUGAUGCUCUCAGUGCUAAGCUUGUCGAGAGAGCCGGCUUUGAUGUCUGCUUUACAACUGGUUUUGGAAUAUCUGCCACACGAUUAGGAGUGCCAGAUACAGGACUAAUUUCUUAUGGAGAGAUGGUGGCUCAAGGUCAAGAGAUCACACAAGCAGUGUCCAUACCAGUAAUUGGAGAUGGAGAUAAUGGAUAUGGUAACGCCAUGAAUGUCAAGAGAACUGUGAAAGGAUAUAUUAGAGCAGGUUUUGGAGGAAUAAUCCUCGAAGAUCAGGUUUCUCCCAAAGCAUGCGGUCAUACACGUGGCAGGAAGGUCGUCUCUAGAGAGGAAGCAAUAAUGAGAAUAAAAGCAGCUGUUGAUGCUCGAAAGGAAAGUGGAUCUGACAUUGUGAUUGUGGCACGUACUGAUUCUCGUCAAGCAGUCUCUUUUGAGGAAGCACUUUGGCGGGCACGUGCUCUUGCUGAUGCUGGAGCUGAUGUUCUGUUCAUUGAUGCUCUUGCUUCUGUAGAAGAGAUGAAAGCUUUCUGUGAUGUCUAUCCGCUGGUUCCGAAGAUGGCAAAUAUGCUUGAAGGUGGUGGUAAAACGCCAAUACUCACUCCUAUUGAACUUGAGGAACUUGGAUACAAAAUUGUGGCAUAUCCACUUUCCUUGAUGGGGGUAUCAAUAUGUGCAAUGCAGGAUGCACUGUCUGCCAUUAAAGGAGGCCGGAUACCUUCACCUGGAAGCAUGCCUUCAUUUGAAGAGCUAAAAGAAAUCCUAGGUUUCAAUACCUACUAUGAAGAAGAGAAGCGUUAUGCAACAACAAGCAGCCAACUUCCUUCUCCGAAAGGCGAUUUCUCAUCAAGAAGCAACGAGUAUGGUGUUCAACCUGGCAUCCCAGCUGAUACAGAACAGAGGGGUCAAAUACCACAGAACCCUGUUGAGGUACUGAUUCCUGAGGUAUAUGACAAAUUUUCUGGAGAGGGUGCAAAAGGAAAUUUCUCAGGGAUCUGGUCUCGGAAAUUAAGAGUGAAAAUUACUGGAAGAGAUGGAUCCGAAAAGCUAGAUAUCAGAAUUCCUGCUGGAUUUUUGGAAGGAAUCACAAACAUAGUUCCAGCAUUGGUAGGUGUAAACAUCAAGGCUCUGUUGGAUGAUGCAACUUUAGAAGAGGGAGGGAAACAGUUGUUGGAUUUUCAGGAUACAAUGGGGGACAGAAUUCAAGUUUUUUUGGAGUAAUGGAUCUUUUGUGUUUCAACGAAAUGCAUUUUGAUAAAUAAAUCUUGGACAAUCAAAAAUAAUUUGGUGAUUUUAAUGUAUAUCCCUAGUUUAGCUUGUACGAGCUCCCAUAUAUUUGUUUCACCUAAAAGAAGUGAAAGGAGGAAAGGUGGUGUCUUAUCAGUGACGAAGCUGAAUCCUAUAUCUCAAGUGUCUUGAUUUGUUGACUCAAUGUGAUCAAAGACUGAUGUAUGGUGACAAACAAAUACGUUGGGUGUAGAUACAUAACAAUUGUACGACUAUUUUACUCACCUUGUCAUAUCCCACGAUUUGAAGAGAAAUGAACGAAUUUUUCUUCGUUA